UAUUUUACGUCGCUUGAAAGAUUACGCGUUUCUAGAACGAAACGGGAGAUUUCCAUUGCUGAAACAUCACAAUCGAUAGGAGACACCAGUUAUGGAAAAGAAAUAAACUUGGAACACGACGAGACGGGCGAUGACGAUCCCGAAGGGGACGACGCAUAUCGAGACAAUACGAAAGAGAAACGUAAAGUCUCGAGGAAAGCCUCCGUCGUCUCCGUCGAUCUUCAUCCAUCAAACUCUGAGGGGUCCUUCGAUCGUGACGACGUGUCCAGCUACCUUAAUUCGCAACACUCGAGUGAGGAACCAGAAGAAGUGGACGAAGAGUCAGCGGAACGCGAUAAAAAUAAAGAGGGAAACAAUCUCGUGCGUCUACCCCGUGAGACAGACGGUGAUCUUGACAGAUAUACCGAUCAGGAGAGAUCGAGCCUGUACGACGAUUACGAGGCGAAAGACGUCGCGAAGCGUGGCGUCCUAAGUGGUCCGGAGGAUUACGAGGAAGUAGAAGACGACUCGGCGGGAAUGUCGGAUGAUGUAGCUGCGGUGCGAGAAUCGAUGAGUGAAGUCAAGAAGAGAGAAGUGCGGAAGGAUGCUCGGGUGAAGAGAGACCAAGUGGAAAUUUCAGAAAUGCCCGAUACGUCCAAGUCGAGUCCGGACAAUCCAGCACAGUUAGAAGAGUCAAGUGUCGCGGCAAAAAUCCCUUACUCGCGCCAAGUUUCUCGUAUCGAAUUGUCGAAAGGGUUUAACGAAGCGUCAGCAUCCAACGACACGCCCAAGAUGAAAGGUUCUAGAUCGAUGGGCGUAAUCUCAAAGUUGAGCGAUUCCUCCAAGUUCCGAGAGUCAAUGGGCAAAGUUACUUCGUCUAAAAACGAUGAAUCAAAUGCGGAAUACGAGAAACGCGUGGAAGAGGAGAUUCAACGGAAGAUCGAUUUGCUCAAGGAGGAGAUUCAACGAGACAUCGAGGCGCAACAACGGAUAAGAGACAUCGAGGACAACAAUGCCAGGUUUGAUGAGUUGCAGGAUCAAGAGCACGAGGACGAGGAGAGACGGAAUUUCAAGGAUGAACCGAUCGAGAAACGCCAGGCUGUAGCCAAAAGAUCCGUACGCGAGAUCGCCGACGACACGGCUGGUUCUUCCAAGAAGAACGAGAAGAAACGAUCUUUGAGAAGAGAACUGCGGAAGAAGCAACCACAUCGAUCUAGCAAGAUCGACAAGGGUACUUCGAAGGAGAACGAAGAUCUGAAAAAACGAUUCGUGGCUAAUCGCGAUAAGUCUUCUCAGCAAAUUCCUUCGAAAGGACUCUUGAAAAAGAAACGCGAGCGUGUCAGGCAAGUUUUCUUGGAGAAUAACGAUCAGCAUCAGGCCAAGAAGAGACAAUCUAGAAGUUACACGCUGCCAUCCUGCGAUCGGAUAGCCAUUGGACCCGAAAAGGAAUUAUUCAUGAGUCCUGAUUCGAAUUCUUAUCACACGGACACCCGAAUGCUCCAAGAAUCUUUGCCUGUUGACGGUGAAGACGAGAACAACGAGGGAGAACAGAAUCCUACGAUGGAACACUCGGAUUCUUUAGUGUCUCUCACUGGAAGUUCGCGGGAAUUGAGUCCACGUUUAGAGAAAGAGUACAAAGAGGCCUUCGGUGGAUUACAAAGUGAAUCCGGCAGUGCCUUAGCCAGAUUCAAGAGGAUCAAACGCGGGCUUGCAGGUACUACUGCAAAAAUUUGAAGUUUUUGUCAAGAUGUAAAAUGACGAAUCUUUCAUUUACAAUCUUCAGGGUAAAAAUAUUUUCAUCGUACAAAAUAAAAUUAUGCAAACGAUAUUUCUAAACUAAGAUCGUAAUAGCAAAAGAUUAACUAAUAGGAAUAUACCGGGCUAGAUUUAUGUAAAGAAAUCAUAGAUAUUAAAGAAAGCCGAAUGCAUUUGUAAUUAGAGAACAGGUUAUAGCUAUAAUAAAGUUAGAUAGUGCUAUUAAUUACGAAAUAUUGCGAGUCGAUUUAAUUAUAGCCGAAAUAAAUGAUAUGAACUCUCUUGACCAAGGUGGAUAAACUAUAUU